GGGAGCUGACGAGCCGGGAGCGGCCGCUAAAGCCGUACGUGAUGCAUUUGAGAGCAGAGCUCCGCCCGAGGAGGGGGGCGCGGGGGUCUGUCCGGUGGGGCGCAGAUGCCGAGGGGAGCGGGCUCCUGCAGCUGGGGACGCCGUGCUGCACCUCGGGGCAGGGGAAAGGCAGCAAGCAGGGGAUCGCUGCCCUCGGAGGCGCGGGCGGGGGCAGAAAGCCCGGCGGCGGGCGGGGACGGCCGUACAGCGCAGGGGUUCCGCAGAGAGCAGCCCCUGCGGGAGGGGGACAGCUUCCCCUGGAAGGGGGGCAGCCUCCUCGGGAGGGGGACACCCCCCGCCGCAGGGGGCAGCCUCCCCGGCAGGGGGCAGCGCGGGGCCGGCAGAGCUGGCGAGCGCCCCGCGCCGCUGGUCGGGGGCGGCUUCUCCGCGCUCGGCUGGCUUUGGUGUUGGUUCUUGCAAAGAAUCUCAUGUAAAGACCUGAAGAGCUCGUCUGGGCUUUUUUUUUCCCCUUGGCUUGACAUGCUGCCUUUUGGAGAUAAGACGAGGUAUUUGCUCACCGUUGUCACACUUCAGCAGCGGGACUUCAAGUUGAAAUGGAGUAAAUUCGGCUAUUUUUAGAAGUGGAGUCAGGUUUCCAUUUUGAAUAUUUUCCGAUAAACAAAGCAGUGGGGAUGCAGAGCACAGGCGAUCUGCAACUCCCACGAUAUAUCUUAGUGGAGAGCUCGGGUUAGUAAGUCCUGUGGUUUGUUCUUCGGACACGCCAUCUCCGCGGGCUCGCUUCUCUCCUCUCCACACUCUCCUGUUCCUGAGCCGCUUGCACCAUCUGCUCACUGCUGCUGAUUUACUUCUUUCCCAAGUCACUUAGCAGGGAUGGAUGCAUUCUGAAUGAGGUUUUGCUGCUGCUCCUCUCUGCAUGGGAUGGGGCGAGAAAUGGUUAAUGCAUGGUUUGCUGAGAGAGUUCAUACCAUCCCAGUCUGCAAGGAGGUAACCAAGUCCCAGAGUGAAUCCUGUGCUUGUCACCAGCCUGCCUGUGCUGAGACCACCAACUCCGGGACGCCAGCGAGGAAGAUCUCUGCUUCUGAAUUUGACAGACCCUUAAGGCCUAUUUUUGUCAAGGACUCAGUAGGAGCAGUGAGCUUCCUCUCAGGCUCUGAAAAGAAGGAACAGAUGCCUCUGCAAUCUCCAAGGAUUGAGACCAGUGCAGGGGAUCAGUGCUCAAGACUAUUAGAACUUGUGAAAGAUAUUUCUAGUCACUUAGAUGUCACAGCGCUUUGCCAUAAAAUUUUUCUACAUAUCCAUGAGCUUAUAGCAGCUGAUCGCUAUUCCCUGUUUUUGGUCUGUGAGGAUAGCUCUAAUGAGAAGUUUCUUGUAAGCAGGCUGUUUGACGUGGCAGAAGGCUCCACCCUGGAAGAAGCUUCCAACAACUGCAUUCGCCUGGAGUGGAACAAGGGCAUUGUGGGUCAUGUAGCAGCUAUAGGUCAGCCUCUGAACAUCAAGAAUGCGUAUGAGGAUCCAAGAUUCAAUGCAGAAGUUGACCAGAUCACAGGGUAUAAGACUCAGAGUAUUCUCUGUAUGCCAAUAAAGAAUCAUAGGGAAGAGGUUGUUGGUGUGGCUCAAGCAAUCAAUAAGAAAUCUGGAAUUGGUGGCACUUUCACUGAACAAGAUGAAAAGGAUUUUGCCGCAUAUUUGGCAUUUUGUGGAAUUGUUCUUCACAACGCUCAAUUGUAUGAGACAUCUUUGCUUGAGAACAGGCGUAAUCAGGUGCUUCUUGAUCUUGCCAGCCUGAUUUUUGAAGAGCAGCAGUCUUUGGAAGUAAUUCUGAAGAAGAUAGCUGCCACUAUAAUAUCCUUCAUGCAAGUGCAGAGGUGUACCAUCUUCAUAGUGGAUGAAGAUUGUACAGAUUCAUUUUCUAGUGUGUUUCACAUGGAAUCUGAAGAAUUAGAAGAUUCAGCUGAAAAUCUGAAGAGGGACUAUGAUACAAACAAAAUCAAUUAUAUGUAUGCUCAGUACGUCAAGAAUACAAUGGAGCCUCUCAACAUCCCAGACGUCUGCAAAGACAGAAGAUUUCCCUGGACAAAUGACAAUGCAGAAAAUGUAAGUCAACACAUAAAGAGUUUGCUGUGUACACCAAUAAAAAAUGGGAAAAAGAAUAAGGUGAUAGGGGUUUGCCAGCUUGUGAACAAGAUGGAAGAAAACUCAGGCAAAAUCAAGGCUUUCAACAGAAAUGAUGAGCAGUUCCUGGAAGCUUUUGUCAUCUUUUGUGGCUUGGGGAUCCAGAAUACACAGAUGUACGAAGCUGUAGAAAGAGCCAUGGCCAAACAGAUGGUGACAUUAGAGGUUCUCUCAUACCAUGCUUCUGCUGCUGAGGAGGAAACGAGGGAGCUGCAGGUAACAGCGGCUGCUGUAGUACCAUCUGCACAAUCUCUCAACCUAACCGACUUCAACUUCAGUGAUUUUGAGCUAUCAGAUUUUGAAACAACACUGUGUACAAUUCGAAUGUUCACAGACCUCAACUUGGUGCAAAAUUUCCAAAUGAAACAUGAGGUUCUCUGCAGAUGGAUUUUAAGUGUAAAGAAAAAUUAUCGGAAAAAUGUUGCUUAUCACAAUUGGAGACAUGCCUUUAAUACAGCGCAGUGCAUGUUUGCUGCUUUAAAAUCUGGUAAAAUUCAGAGUAAACUGACUGACUUAGAAACACUGGCUUUGCUGAUAGCAACUCUAAGCCAUGAUUUGGAUCACAGGGGAGUGAACAACUCUUACAUACAAAGAAGCGAACAUCCACUGGCUCAACUGUAUUGCCACUCAAUCAUGGAGCAUCAUCAUUUUGAUCAAUGCCUUAUGAUCCUGAAUAGUCCAGGAAAUCAGAUUCUCAGCAGCCUUUCCAUUGAAGAAUACAAGGCCACACUGAAAAUGAUAAAGCAAGCCAUUCUUGCCACAGACCUAGCACUAUACAUAAAGAGGAGAGGAGAAUUUUUUGAACUUCUAAGGAAGAAACAAUUUAACUGGGAAGAUCCUACACAGAAGGAGCUGUUUUUAGCAAUGCUGAUGACUGCUUGUGAUUUAUCAGCCAUAACCAAACCAUGGCCAGUUCAGCAACGGAUUGCUGAGCUUGUAGCUACUGAGUUCUUUGAUCAAGGAGAUAAAGAGCGGAAGGAACUCAACAUAGAACCAACAGAUCUAAUGAACAGAGAGAAGAAAAAUAAAAUUCCCAGCAUGCAGGUUGGAUUCAUAGAUGCUGUUUGUUUGCAGCUGUAUGAGGCCCUAACGCAUGUGUCAGAGGCCUGCUACCCUUUACUGGAUGGCUGUAGAAAAAAUAGGCAGAAAUGGCAAUCCUUAGCUGAACAACAAGAGAAGAAUCUGAUCAAUGGAGAAAGCAAUCAAGCCAAACGGAACUGAGAUGCUGAUUUAACAACCACAAGCUUAAGUUCACAUAGAAGACAUAGUAAUAGGGGAGAACUGCAUUUUGCUAAACACUGUAUGAAUUUGGCUUAUGUUUUACCACUGCUGUAUUAUUUUUCCACAUUUCAAGAUAUAGCACGACCAUGUAUAUGCCAAAGUUAUAUAAAGAUAGUUUGUUUCUUUUAUUACAUCUGAUUGAGAUGGAAAAAGAUCUGAAAGGGUAGUUUUUGCUACUACCUAUUCCACAAGAAGGUACGAGUGCAGUUACUCGACUGUCCCUGAGAGCCUAUUACUUUAUAGAUGUACAUAGUUGUUUAACGAUCAUGUUGUGGCCAGUAUCUUAAAGACUACUGCAUUUCGCACCUUUUUUCCUCUUCCAAUCUUGCUGUGUUAUGUUAUAAAAGUAAUGAGCAGUCUCACCUGCUCUCUUCCCAGAGGUUCAGAGCAAAGAUUGGGACUAACUCUGAGGAGCCUAAUCCAGCAUAUACUAUGCUAAUCUCCUUCAGGAGACAGAAUUGGGCUUCAAAGUGAAAAAGCCCCAGAAUCUCUGCACCCAGUAGGUUUUUUUCAUUUUAGAGGAAUGUCUUAGCAAAUGUCUUACAUUUGGACAAAUUUUUAAAACCCCUUUGAAUUAUUAGGCAAUGGGGGUCUUAGGAGUUUUGUGGUAGAAGUGUCAUAAUUAUCCAUGAAUAAUGGAAACUGCGUGAAGAUUGAUGAAAUGUCACAAUAUAACUGACAGGCUGCCAUGGAAGAAUGGCUCCCAUAGAAAGCUGCACAGAGAAAUGGAAACUAAACACGAUCAUUUUUAUAUGCUGGUUUUAACUUCAUUUGGAAGUUGAAUUUAACAUCAUCGUAACCAACAGACUGAAUCACAGGCAGGAAGAGUAGAAGAGAAUGUGACUGCAAGAGAUGAAAAUCUGAAUCAGAAUGAGGCAGGAAUGGCACACUUCUGGUGACUAUCAAUGACUGAUUCUUUAGGCCAGUGCUAUUAUGAAAUGGCUAUGACCACUUUGAAGAAAGUUUUAUGUUAACAUCUUUUAAAAAUAAUUUUUAGUAUUAGUUAAUAUUAACAAUGAUUAAUCACAAUAUCUUAAAGGAAUAGGAAAAAAGAAUACUAAAAGCAAAAAUAGCCAAGAAUGCUACAGAGAUUUGCCAUUUGUAUAUGAGGUAUUAAUGUUCAGAAAAGUAAAAAAUCGAUUAACUUGCACUAGUAAAAAACCCAACAUUGAUAUUUUAUGUAAAUGAAGAUGACUAAUAAAAAUUGUUUUGAAUUGGGAACCAGUUCAAGAAACUAUACACAUUAGACAACCCCAAAAGGGUAACACCGAGAGUAUACUAUUCUUUGGGUAGGCAGGACUGGGAGAUUAAGUAGGUGUAACUCUGGCUGCACAGAGACACAGAAAAUGUUUUUUGGGGUUUUUUUUUUGAUCUGUAGUAAUGAUUUUUCAGUUAAAAUCAGCAAUAGUAUUAGGCAAAAGUAAUACAUUUGGGAUUGUACUUUGAAGUGUGGGAGUUUAUUUCUAUUACAGUAAUCCAGAAAAUACUAGUUGGAAACUGCAAUACAUUCUUCUUCCCAGGAGAUUAUCAAUUCCUCCUUGUACGAGGUGGUCAGAAAGAUAGUGACAACCACCUCUUUUUAUCAGUCUCUGCAUUUAGAUAAUGCCAAAAGCUAACAAAAGAUGAAGCAAAUCUUUCAAAAUGUUUGAUGAUACUGAGUUUCAUAGUCACUUUUUUAAAAAAUGUAGAAUAAGGUAUUCUGAUAGUCUGCAGCAUUUCCGCCAACCUAAAUUAUUUGUCACUGAUUAAAUCCUAUCUCAAACUUCUCUAAUGACUACCAAUAAUAUAUUAUUGCAGCUGAAUUUCAAAACAUUUUUCUACAAAAGUAUUUCUCCUGACUUUUUUCCAGGUUUUCAAAAAAAUUAUGGAAUUCACAAUAAUUAAGAAUUCCAGGGCUACUGUUCUGCAGUGCUCCAAAUGUGUACUUAUAUGCAUAUAAAGUACAAUAUAUGUAUGUAGUAUGUCAUAACUAUGCAGAAAAAUGACAGCAGACUGCCCCGCCAACACACGCCUCCAAAAAAGGGUUUUAGGUACUUUUUGAUAAAUAGGAAAUUUUGUUUCAGGAUUCACAUAGUCCUUGUAUAUUCUUUUCCUUGAAUGCUUGAGAUACUGAAAUAUAAUUAUUAUGCUGAUGAGAUACAUAUUUAAUAUAAAUAUGAAUAAAGUAUAUGUAUAUAAAGGUGUAUUCUUGCUAGUAUGGUUGAGACUAGUAAUUCAUGGUGACAACACAGCAAAUCAUCUAUGGCGAUAUUACAGUGUAGUGACUUAUCAUUCACAUUAAGAACCCAGUAUUUCUUUGCUAUAUUGUGUGUUUAGCAAAGCCUUAUUAUGGCAUAAAUUUAUAACUACUACAAAGGAGUGCUGGUUUCAUACCUUUGACUUGAAAAAAAUGGACAUGAUGUUGCAUUUUUUCAAAGGUUUACUUAAAAUCAACGCAUCUAUAAAGUAUGUGCAUAUAUUUAAUUACAUAUCUGUACACAUUUAUCCCACACAAUCUCUUCCACUACAAAGAUUGGAACAUGCAUAGAAAUACAGUUCCUAGUAAAUAAACCAUUUAAAUGUCAUAAUACACCUGUAUCUGUAUAUAUUUCUACAAAAUCAAAUCUUUUAAACUACUCGUUUAAGAACCUUAAAAGCAUAGAUUGCUGUACUUCAUGAAAUGUUAGAGAGUGAUCAAAUUGUUUAUAUAGUCAGAGUGUGAUGGUUUUGUGUCAUAGCUUUGUAUGAACUGUUUGCAGAAAUUGCUCAUUCCUUUCAUUAUGUAGAUAAGUGACAAUAGGGAAAAAAAGCCAUGCUGUUUUCUGCCUGAAAUUCAUUGCCUUCAGAAUUCAACAUUUUCACACCCAGCUAGUGGAUUACAGCCAUGCAGCUGCCAUUAAUUUCAUCAUGAGUUGUGUAUCUAAUUAUUUCAGUUGGGUCUCAAACAUAUUCUCCCCAACAUAUAUUGUCUAGUAUAAGCAACAAGCUGAAAUGGAGCUUAUCACUUUGUCAGUCCAGUCUUAAGUCCAUUAAAGCCAUUGUGAAAUUUGAUAUUUAAGUCUUCGGGUACAGAAUUUGUCCCUAAUUUUUAAUACUUGUCUCAAUUAAGACAUCUAAGUAUCCCACUUGUUCUCACACAUGGACAUAUUUUCUUUUAAAGUAACUCCACAGCACAGUUUAAUGUUUAAAGUACGCUUUUCUUUCUAUUUUUGUUCCCCGUCUGAAAAAACUAGUUGUCAUAUGUAUUAACAUACACAAAAUUACUUAUUAACCCUACCUCUUCUAAUUAAAAAUAACAGUGAGGCUCUUAAGCUGUAGGUAGUACUGCUUUUCCAACAAGUUAGUCACACGUCCAAUGUUAUCUGUAGAUUGUCUAGAUUUUCUAUUAUCUCACACAAUAAAAGAAAGGAGGGGAAAAUAAUGUGAUGUUGAUUUUGGAGAUAGUAUUGAUUUUGAAUUAGUAGUAGUUUAAAGUUAACAAGAGAUUACUCUUAUAUCUCACGGAAUACAAGUGGGCUAGUGAAUAAAAGUGAAUAAUCUAUUCCAUUGAUGACCAGCUGAUCUCUCUUCAGAAGAGAGGAUUGAAGCCUGAUUUUAUGCAUCACCCUCUGACAAUUGUGUGUAUGUACAGAUGAACUUCUGAACUCCAAUCCAAUGCAUUUUAUCUGGCAGUGGCACAAGCUGACAAAAUCAGAACAUUAAUUCAUACAUAAGAUUUUUCAAAAUUACUAGGUAACUGAUUUUUCCAACCCAUUAUACAGAAAGAUUAUGAAGAGUCAGAUCUAGCCCCUUAAAAUUAGGGAAUGUUGCCUGAGUGAUCUGGUUGGUGCCCCUUGCAGUUAUGCAUGAGAAGAUAGUAGAGAGUUUUGACAGAAAAAACACCUCACUCAUAAUAAAUCCAUACAUUUUUAAAGGUUUUAUAGAGACCUAGGAUUUCAGGAAAAUUUAUACAUUAGCUUUAGUUAGGAGUCUUGCCUCUGUGAUGCUGUAGUUUCUUCUUCAUGUCAAAUCACAUGCAGUUUACAUUCCACAAGGUUUCAGCUUUAUUUCACAGUUCCCUGCUGUACUUCUUCAGGGACUUGCACUAAUUUGAAAGAUAAGCUUGAACACUGGAGCUUGAAUAAAAAAGUUAGUUUGGCCAGAGUAUGAUAAAUAAUGAGGGCUGGAUUUUUUGGUUUGGACUUUCACAGGAACAAGAAACAUCACAGAAUCUGGCCUGGUAAUUAGUGACACUUGCUAAAUACAGCAAAUUGUGACAGCAGGAUAUUUUAUCUUUGUCAUUGCUAGAUGAAUGGAAAUUGCAUGGGAAAGUUUAUUUUCCACAUAAAGAAGAUUGUUUCCAUAGAGAAACUCAUAUCUAAGUACCACUGUUUGUAAAUGUAUAUUUAUGUGACAAUGCUAUAUAAUAGCUAGUUUCCACUAACUUUCACAGCAGGAGCUUGUCAUGCCAUGGCCUGAGGCAUGCCCAAAUGCCCAGUUGAAGUCAAUUAUAUGAUUCCCAUUUACCUCAGUGGGAGUUGGAUUGAGCUGUAUAGAAAAUGAAAGAAUGGGUCCAAUCCACCUUUUUUAGCCAUAAAGAGGGACCAAAUUCUUACCCUUGGUAACACCUGCCUCACCGGCUCUUUGCUGUAUUCAGCUAUUCCUGCUGAUGCCCAAGGUGCUGUACAGAUGUAACUGAAGUUAGAAUUUGAGCCCUCUAUGUGUUCACAUGACAGACACCUUCAUGUGUCUCAAAGAAUGUAGUGUGAAAUGCACUGUAAAUAGUUUUAAUAUACAUUUCUAUUAUAGUUUAAUAAAACUCUUAAUCAGUCACUA